AUGACUGAAGUAGAUACCUGUGCCAACGAGUCAGAAUCUGCAAAUAGUGAAAGCUUUCUUUUCUCUCUCUCUCUCUCUCUCUCUCUCUCUCUCUAUCUAUCUAUCUAUCUAUCUAUCUAUCUUUCUCUCCAUCUAUCUAUUUUUCUGAGCAGACUGUCUCAAUUCAUUACUAGGAGCAGACUCCCACAAUCCAUUACUAGGGCAGACUCUCUCAAACCAUUACUAAGAGAAGACUCCCUCAAUCCCUUACUAGAAGACUCCCUUAAUCCAUUACUAGGAGUAGACUCCCUUAUUCCGUUACUAAGAGAAGACUCCCUCAAUCCCUUACUAGAAGACUCCCUUAAUUCAUUACUAGAAGAAGACUCCCUUAAUCCAUUACUAGGAGUAGACUCCCUUAUUCCAUUACUAAGAGAAGACUCCCUCAAUCCCUUACUAGAAGACUCCCUUAAUCCAUUACUAGGAGAAGACUCCCUUAAUCCAUUACUAGGAGUAGACUCCCUUAUUCCAUUACUAAGAGAAGACUCCCUCAAUCCCUUACUAGAAGACUCCCUUAAUCCAUUACUAGGAGAAGACUCCCUUAAUCCAUUACUAGAGCAGACACUCUCAGUCCAUUACUAA